AUGGUCCAUGAAUUAAUUGUAGGAAUAGCCCAAGGCGGCGACGCGAUUCGGAAGUCGCAAUCGAAGUGGUUCCAUGCGGGACUCGAUCCACCUUUGCGGUUCCUCUUUUUGAGGCGGGCAAGCGGGGCACUGGUCAGCGCUGAUGGGGCCUCCAAAAGCUGGGAUGAUCGAGGCAGUUUCCUCGGGGGAGCACGGAUCGUCGAGAGGUAUCUGCCCCGAUGGUCUAUGGUCUGUUAUCAUACUAACGUUUUCGGCCCGAAACAAUUCACAGAGCCGAAGUGUCUGAUCGAAUGCCGAGCUAAAACCCAGUGCCAGAUCUCGGUGGGUGCACCAGUUCUUACUUGCUUUACAACACUAUUACGGAUUCGGUGCGAGUGUGAGCUGCAUUAUGAACCACCCCAUGAAACCAAGAGCCAAGGACCAACUCAUAAGAACGAAAGGAAGGACAUGUACAUUGCCUUCUGGAUCGGCAACUGGGCUUGUUAUCAAUGGGACACGAACACUAACAACUAA